AUGCCGGUAAUUACGUCCAAAGUAUGUUUAUGGAGUUUUGUUCUACUUGGGCUCGGGUUCGGGACCUCUCUGGCAAUCACUGAGGAGUUAAGCAACACGGAUUUAAAUUCCAAACGUGAUAAUCCAGUUACUGAACUUGUCGAUUAUAUCUUAGGUUACAGCGCUCAAGGCAGGACGUUUGGGAUUAAACGUUUACAGUUUAUGAUGAUGCCAAUGAUAUUUAAAAUGGGCGUGAUUAUGACGUUAUUGGUUGUACUUACUAUUAUUUCAUUGAAAGGAGUUAUUCUGCUGGUGCUAAAACUGAGUGCAUUUUUCGGUAAAUUUUAUGCCUCUCUUCAAUCGCAGAGACCAGCGUGGAUACCACCAGCUCCACCGGCUCCACCGGUUCACUUCCACGUCCAUAAUGACCCGAGUAAUAGUAAUCACUAUGAUAAUUCCAUGGGAUAUGGAUAUGAUGCGUCAGCUGAUUAUUACCACAAAGGACAGCAUCCGAUCCAGCAUCCUCCUCAUAUUAAUGGAUAUUAG